AUGCGUUUCUUCACCAUCCUCGCUCUUGGUCUUGCCGGCGCUGCCGCCGCCCUGCCAGCUGGUUCUGGCACCGUGACUCCCACUCCUACCAGCUCUGCUGUCGCCUCGGGCACCGUCGCUCCUUCAACCACUGCCUCGCCCGCUCUUCCUUCGCCUAAGGCUCGCCUUGACCCCAACGCUCCCGUUCCUGUCCAGCACCUCCAAAACACCUACUACCAGGACUACCACAGCUGGGAGCGCGAGACUGGAGAGCAAAAGGAGAAGCUCUACAAGCAGUGCCAGAAGGACUUGAACAACCUGGGCCGUGCUGAGGCUACCCACGCUAUCAGCCCUGAUGCCACCCCAACCCCCAGCCUGCCGGCCAAGCGCACUUACUAG